AUGAGAUCAACGAUGGCAGUGUACUCCGCUCAAUCUGAUUACGAUAUUGCAACGGAAGGUGAAUCAGAAGCAGAUAGAUUUUCUGAAUUUUUCUCUCUUGGUGGAACUCGUAAAAUAUGGAUUCCUGAGGAUGUUAAUGAUGUUAAACCAAAGUUGUUUAGCAAAUAUCUGAGUAUUGAAGAUGCGAUGGAUAUGUAUAGGGCUUACGCUGCUAAAGAUGGUUUUGAUGUAAGAAAAGGUUCUACAAAGAUACACACUAAGUCAUGUGUUCUUACUCAUCGAUCUAUGAUGUGCAAUAGAGAGGGAUUUCCUCAAACUGUGUAUGUGGACACAACUGAUUUAAAAAAUAAUAAACCUCACAGAAAUUCGAAUAUUAAAAGGAAAAGAUGUCCAACUUUUGCAAAAUUUAGAAGAGUAGGAAAUUCAGAUGUUUUUGAGCUAUACAAAUUUGAAGAAAGACAUAAUCAUGAUUUGGUUGCAAAAGAUUAUAGGCAUUUCUUGAGGUCUAAUAGGCAAUUGGACAACACUGCUCAAGAAUUCAUUGAAAAGAUGGCAAGGGUAAAAAUUGGUCCAAUGAAAGCAUACAAAAUAAUGCAAGAGCUAAAAGGGGCAAACAAUGUUGGAGGGACUGUUGAUGACUACAAGAAUCAGUCUAGAAAGUGA